AUGACAAAAGACUAUACUCCCAAGAAAUAUACAGAUUUAGAAAAUAUAGAAGCUUGUUCCACAAUUGUUACAAAUCUUAUGCCUGAGGCCUUAGGACGUUUGUAUGUUGAAAGGCAUUUUCCAGUCAUUGCACGCUACCACAUAAACAAAAUGUUGGAAAUGAUACGCUUAGCUUACAGUUCAACUCUGGAUCAAAGCUCGUGGAUGGACAAAGAAACUUUACUUUAUGCCUUAGUUAAACUACAAAGUAUCGAAAGCAUGGUAGGAUACCAAGAUUGGAUAAUGGAUGAUGGUAAACUGGAUAAAUAUUAUGAAAAGGCAUUAUAUGAAGGAGACAAAGAAUUUUUGGAAUAUAUAGUGAGUUUACAUGUUAUAAAGAGCGACGAAAUAUUUUUAAAAUGGAAUCAAACUGCAACGAGGCAGAACAUAGGAGCUGUUCAUCCUCUGUUUGUCAAUGCCUUUUAUCACGACAAAAGCAACUACGUGAGUUUACCAGCAGCUUUUUUAGGCUAUCCAUUUUAUAAAUACGGUCGUAUAGACACUUGCUUCUAUUGA